AUUGUCGUAUAAUGUCGAGGGACAGGGAUCUUAUCACGUUGGAGUGAUGGGGGCGAACUUAGGAACAAAGUUGCUGGCGUCUUAACUGAAGGAAUGCAUCUCACCUGGCAUGAUGCACAACAAACACAUAUUUUGGACAGUGAUACUGACAUGUUGUGUUGGUGUCUCCUGUCUCAAGGUGCAGCACCUGAUGCUGUCAGAGUCACAGAAAAUCUCUGGAGUGGAAGGGGCGCGCCUCCAGGUGAACUGUACAGCCAACGUCUCAGCUUCUCCUAGCUCCCUGAGGUGGGUGAGGAACAACGGUGAUGGAUCGACGCUGCCGCAAAUUCAGCCGACGGAGACCAAAGUCAUACUCCGAAUUCCGUCCCUGCAGGGCUCGGACGCGGGUCGCUAUGCCUGUGAGCUAGUCAUGGCAGACGGCACGGAGGAAAAGGCGGAGUUCCACCUCUUUGUCAAGCGCAAAGAUCGCAAUCCUGCAACCUGCCCGAACACGCAGUUUAAAUGCAAGACGACAAACCUUUGUCUCUUUACGAGAUUCCUCUGUGAUGGCAAGGACGAUUGUGGGGAUGGUUCGGAUGAAAAGUGCAAAGUGAAUCCGUGCACGAACAAGUUCCGCUGCAACAACACGCGUUGCGUUGCCCUGAACGACCUGUGCAAUCACAUCGAUGACUGUGGGGACCACUCUGAUGAGGGAUCGUUUUGUUUUGCCAAACCCAGCACAACCAUGCAGCCCAGCGAGGAUGACAACCACUUCAGCUGGCUGAAGACGACGGUGUACGCGGUGAUUGUGAGCACCAUCGGCGUGGUCAUACUCAUCUCGUCCAUCGUGAUCAUGGUGUACAGGGUGAAGAUGGAGCGGCGGAGGGAGAGGCGCAUCUCACGGGCGCUGGAAAGGAUGCAUCGGCAAGGAGAUGACACAGGGGAAUCGAUGUCACCAGAUGGCGGUGAGGAGGGCCAGAGUGAUCAGCACCCGUUUCUGUCGUCGUCCCAGCAGUACCCCCGCUACGGCAACAUCAUCGUCAACGUGAACAACGGAGUCCAGUACAUGCCUGGCUACGGCUGUCCGGUUUUCAUGGAUGCCCCGCCCCCGUACUCGGAAGUGGGCUCUGAUGAGGCUCCGGACACGACCCCCUCGGGUACAGCUCCUCCACCGUACAGCACGAUUGACCGUGGGACGCCCGAGAGAUUGCAGGCGCAAGAGAGGCCUGCGUCGGCUGCGCUGGGUCAGAACACCGGGGUCGUUCAGCAGCAGCAGCAACAGAGAAACGUGACGGCCCCGUCCGUGGUUCAAAAUUGUCUGGGCGGGCAGCAGACGGGCACAGACCGAGGCCGGAGAGGCAGAAGGGGUCAAGAAAGGAACGACAGGCAGGUUGCUUCUCCGACGGGACGUGUAUCUGGUGCUGGGUGUCCUGACGCGGGGAGAAAUAAUGCGCGAGCAAAUCCCGAUGGGAGAAUGGUCGAGGCAGACACUUCCAGCGAGACGGGUGGUUCCGUACCCGUUCUUGAGCCCAGCCAUCAUGCGGACAGUGACCCGAGCAAUCGUACACCCUCCGGUAGUCUACCCAGCAACAUCGACAUCAACCCAGACUUCCUGGAGUCUCUCCUGGCCUCUCACAGUCUUCAGAGGGAAACAGGCCAGAGGCUUGAAGAUCCUGUCCAGAGGUCCUUUCCCGCCAACAGACCUGACAAUCCUGGAUCCUCGGUCAGUGAAGGAAGUUCAGGGUUCUCUGGAGUGGAAACGCAGGUUACUCCAAGUCAUGGUGCUGAAGAUGUUUAUUAUAAUGGUGACUCUGGCAGCUCUGUGGAUCAAGAUCGUAGUGGAACAUCCUCUCCUGUGCUCACCUCUCAGAGCACGCAGACUCCGCGGAGACACAGGACCCAACCGCCGGCUGGCAACUCUGCCGGCGUCAGUCCGAGUCAUGUGCCUGAGGAGAGGAGGCUCACUCCAGAUGUGGUGGCCCCGGAGGAUGUCCAGCCGAGCAGCUCCGUCGGUGGUACAGAUGGCAACAACCUCCAAACACAAAAUGAGCUUGUGAAAGAUUUGAACACAGGCUCCCCGCAGACAGGGGUACCUGAUGGUGCGCGAGUCAACACCCCACCGGAGAGUGACCCUGUGAGAGACGUAGAUCUGUCGUCUGGUGAUGUGUUUUCGGGGUCAAAUUCUCCAAGCAGGAGUUCUUACAGUGCUGUACCUUUGUCUGAUGACGGCGAAAGCAACCUGCCGCUGUUAUCUGCAACAGGAGACGACGAUGAUGAUGAUGAUGAGCGCAGUGCUGGUGUUUCUAGCCCAAAGUUUCACUUUCGAUAUGACGAAAAUAGUGAGUUGGGUACAGCGCAAGUUGACGACAACUUUGAUGACAGCACUGUGUGUGUGAGACGACGCGAUCGCCCGGACCAGACUGUCGCUAGUGCUGAUCGUGAACUGGUUGCGGAGGAUUUGCCCACAGCCCCGGUAGAAGAGUUGGCUGGUCAGAGUCUUCCAGACAGUUCUGAGGACUCGGAUAGUGCAAGCAACGCUCUUCUGACAGAAGUGCUUCGUCGAGACAGAAACAGUAAGCCCAAGCCUGGUCAUUUGUCUGUGCAGAAAGGACAGAUCUUACUUCACACUGAGGAAGGUUUUGUCACCAACGAUCAAACAGACCAGCAGGAAAGUGACCCAGCGAUGGUUGCUGCUCCUGUACUCAGCGGUGAGCUGGUGGUCAAAGAUGGAAACGUGUUACUUCAGCCUCCUGGCCGGGCUUUCUCUGGUGUGCGGAGUGUGCCAUCGGAUAGAAAUAGGCCUUCUGGCGGAGCAACCAACUCCCCGUCGAGACAAGCUGGUGAUCGUCUCGCUGAAGACGCUUCUGCCGUUGACUUUUCAAAUGACCUCACAGACACUCACCCAUCUCCUACCUCUGGCUCGGUGAAUAGGCCCAGUUCUUACAGCGGGCAGCAGCAGCCUAGUGGUCACAAUCACCUCAGCCUCAACCAGUCGUCGUCUUCCAGAGCACCCUCCUCUGCCGUGUCAGGUGCUGAAAUCGGUGGUGGAAGCUCGGGAGCUUUCGGGGAAGAGCAUCACUACACUCCGACGAGACACAGCGGAGAGCUCAACGUCAAAGACGGUUGUCUUGUCCUCGAGAGCCCAAAACACACGCCGUCUUCUCAGAUCCUGUCACACCUUCAGGGAGCUUAUGCGGCAGAAGAAGAAGAAUGCGGCGGUGGGGGCAGGCAGAACCCAGCGGUUGAUCCCAUCGAGCCCGUUAUCAACACCAAGCGGCCUGCUGGCGCCGCCAUCCCCCGCCCACCGCUGCCCAAACUUCAUAACACGGAUUUAGUUUUCCCUUUGAAAAACCAUCACCCAUGAAUCUGUAACUCGAGAGAUAUUAAUAUGGUAUUCAUGGUUGCAUUGUUCACGUUCAGUGGAUAUGUUAUCCCUGCCCACAAUUUUCUAAACUUCAUCAUGACACAAGUUUAGUUUUCCUUUAAAAAAACAUCACUUAUGAAUAUAAUAUAACUCAAAAGAUAUUAAUUGGUCAUUCAUGGUUGUAUGGUUCACAUUAAGAGUAGAUAUUUGUCAGCGUCUGAAAUGAACCGAUGUAUAUUUAUGUCUUCAUCAAUUUUGACAGAGUGUGGAAAAUAUUGUGCUCAUUGAGCGCAAGGUAGGUUGUGUUAACUAUGGUAAAAGCUUCUUUAAACCUUUGUGUUUCCUUAGUUUAGUUCAGAAUUUUUCUUUUUCUUAUUUCCUUUUUUCUGCUAUGUCAGUGUUACUGGAGCCUAAAAUUUUCACCAAGAUUUUAGUCCAGCGUGAAACAAGUGCUAGCUCUUUAAUUAUUAGUGAGGGUAUUCAGUAUUAGUCUCAGUUAGGUAAUUCGUUCAUCAAACUUAUUUUUUGUUACAGGAUGGGCAAGGGCAGGUUCGUGUAAAUUUAAUAACAAAUGUGUUCUCGCUUUUUUCCAUAGAGGGUUGAUAAACUUCAUUUACUGCUCUGCUUGAGAAUUUGAUUGUUUCCCAUUUGCAUUGUUUUGUUGACAGUAGUUAAAUUUUGGCUUUAUCAUCACAAAACAACAUAGUCAUAGUUGCACGUCUUAUGAUUCAGGAUCUUUUACCACACCGUACAAUGUUCUCUUAUGUGGAAUUUAAGGGAUCUCGGUGCUCAGCGAGAAUUGGCCGUCCGCUUAAAGGAUCUGUUCCAACAGUGUUCCCUGUUGUUGGAGAAAUAUUAUUUACAUUUGUUGAACACGUUUUGCUGGUUGUUUUAAAGUUUUGUUUAUAUAUAUGUCUUUAGUGUACAUUAGAUAUAAGCUGAUUCAUGUUUAAAAAAAUUUUUUUGAUAUGUUAUGAAGUCAUGAAAGAUGUAAAAACUUUCUCUUAAUAGUAUAACCACUUUAGAUCUGUGAACUGAGAAUUUGAACUUCUCCGCAUUAGAAUUAGAAGAGUCCAAAUCAAGUGCUGUGGUGAGUGGAAAAGUUGAGACAUUAGGUAAACCUUGCAGUGACUUGAACAUCCAGCGGAAAUUCCUAAAAAUUUGAAGGGAUUUGAGAUUCUUAUCCCAGCAAAGCAUAAACGAUAUGCAGUGUUAGAGCUGCUAAAUUAAACUUUGUUGUUGUUGUUGUUGAGAUGGCUGCACUGCCUGGCGUUACUUUUUGUGUCUUUAUGAGAAAGUAAGGUUUAUCCUCGUCUGGUGGAUCAUUCCUAUUCGGAUCCCCUUGUUCCAUGCAAUGGUGGUUUGUUUUGUUCUCUCAAAUUCUUCACAGGCCAAAAAUUGUUGACACAUCGGCUCGCGAAUCGACGCGUGAUUUGACCAAAACACAAAGAAACUUUUAUAAAGGCAUUGAGAAUCAAAGCAUUGUUGUUGAUCGGAAUAGCAUUCGUUUUCUUCUCCAUAUCAUUGUCCUUGCUGAUGAGUAGAAAUCAAUACUGUUGCACAGUAUAUUGCUGCUUCAAUAAAUGUUCUGCUCUUCUGUUUUUAUACAUUUCUUUAGAAAUCAGUUGUUUUAUUAAUUAUAGAUUUACUUUUAAUUUUUUCAGUUGAAAAAUGAUUUUGGAUUUUUUAUUUUUAACCUUUUUGAGGUGCCUAACCCAUUGAUUGUGAUCAGCAUCUUUUUGCAUUGUUUGUGACCAAAUUCAGGCACAGCUUGCCUUCAAGUGCUCUGUUGUUAUGUAUGUGGAAGCACCAGUGUAUUUCAUGGUAUGUCAGCAGGGUUAAGACUUUAGUCUCACUCCGUGAUAGUGCACCGUCAAAACUGCGUGGUGACUUCCCAGUUUAUUGUCCUGCCUUUGGUGACUUCGGGUGGUUGGUUUUUUGUUUGUUUUUUGUUUUUUGUUUUGGUGUGUGUAUUUUUUUUUCCUUUUUAAUCCAUUACACUAACUACAGCAAGACUAAGAAUCAGUUAUUGAAUUGUAUUGUUGUUGUGAGUUGUGAUUGCAGAGGGGGGGGGUUGUAUAAUAUGUAUUAUAUAUCUGUACAUGAAUUAAAUGAAACAAGAAACUCAAA